AAUACAGUGACUUUUCCACGUAUCGCCACUAAGCAACUACACAAGAGCUAGUAAAUCCUGAGAAUUGUGAGUACUGUAAGGCGCAAGCGCUGCUAUCACGGCGGCGAGCUAGCUAUUUCACUCAUCCGCCUACCCAUCCAAGAACAAGACAGGUGAUAAGGUUAAACCGGUAAACGUCUGUUUCCGGUAAAUGAAGCCAGGAAUGUGGUGGAAAGGCUCCGGUUCCGUUGCUCCGAGCAAUGUUGAAGAUGGCUUUGAGGAAAUCCAUGAAGAACGCCGCGGCUUGUCAAGAUGGAUUCGGAAGCACCCAGUUAUUUCUUCUGUCAGCAUCACGUUCCUAAUUUUGGGCCUAAUUGCGGUGAUCGUGGUGCCGAUUACGUGUUCCAUCCAUGGGUGUCCACCGAAGAAGCAAGAGAGAAUUGAAAAUCCUUUAUACGAUGGAGCACCAUUUCGCCUUGUGGUAGCCUUUAGCAACCUGGACGUGGAUGUCGCAGACUUGGUACCGAAAAUCUUGCAAUCUUACACCUCCAGGGUCCGGAUGCUUUUAUCAAACAUCCAGAUCCUGGAAGCCGUAGAUGAGGUCAUCUUAAAUGCAGUGAUUUCAGAGAUUAAGAAACGCACAGACAUCGAAUUGCUUGUACGCGACUUCGUCCUCAGAGCUCCCACCUCCGUUACCGAAGCGAUAAGCUAUGGCGGUAGUAGGCGGCGGCUUCAGCAAACAAGCUCUGACGUCGGCCUGAAUGACCCCCUCCUUUCACGAGCUUAUUGGUUCAACAAGAUUAAUGUGACGGGCGCCUGGCAGCUGCUGGGGGUCAACAUGUCGAAUCCGCAGCAGCAAUUGAGUGAUGUGGUCAUCGCGGUGACCGACAGCGGCGCGAAUGUGACGCACCCGGACCUCCUAGGGUCCUUCUGGAACAAUCCUGAUGAGAUCGAUGGCGACCUGGCCGACAACGACAACAACAUCUUCAUCGACGACUUCUACGGCGCCUGCUUCUCAACGUCACAAUGCUCGCCGACUUACUCCGGCAACAACGCUUCCACUUGCGGCAUCGGUCGCAACACAUCGUCAUGGAACAACAUCGUCGACCGAGUUCUACACGGAACCCGGAUCGCGGGGGUCAUCGGUGCACAGCCCAACAACGGUAUCGGCAUUGCGGGUGUGGCGCCUUGCUUGCGCCAGAUGAUUUUGAAGGUAACGGACGAAACGUUUAAUCCAACCAACCCGCCGUACGCUUUCUCUGAUGUCGUACGCGCUGUCGACUACGCGUACGGCAAGGGCGCCCGUAUCUUCUCCAUGAGUUUUGGACCUAACGCGAAGUCCAGUUUCACCGCGUUUAACAAGCCAGGGCUGGACGCGGCAGCAUUCGCUUACAAGACGCUCUUCACAAAGUACAACAAUGCCCUUUUCGUCGCUGCCGCCGGGAACGAGUGGACGAGCUUGGACACUUGGCGAGAUGCCAACUACACCUAUCCUCCAUGUAUGGUGACCACGCCUAACGUGCUGUGCGUUGGCGGUACUACAGUCAACGACACCAUCUUUUAUGCCUACCUAAGAAAUCAAGACGUAGGCACCAACUACGGGCCGAACACCGUCGAUAUGAGUGCACCAGGAAUGGAUAUCUUCACCACCGAUCAAGCAUACAACUUCAGUAGCGGUCAAGUGGAGCCCACCUACAUUUCCAUAUCGGGCACCUCUUUCUCGACACCCAUGGUGGCGGCGGCGGCGGGUUUAGUGUUGACCGCGCUCGGAGGGCAGAGUCGUGCUACGUCCUCGACACCCGCCAUCGUAAAAAAUCUUCUGGUCACCAACGGAGAUUUGCUUCCUAGCCUACAGGGCCGGUUUCGCAGCGGCCGGCGACUGAAUGUGGGCAAUGCGGUGGCGGCGGCGCUGGUGACCGCACAAACUAAUCGAACCGUCGUAAAACGAACAAGCGCAUUUGAGAGCGUCAACACCUCGGUCGCCUUCCAAGGCUGGGAAUACACUUGGUGGAAUGGUACCUACCUGGACAGCCCGUUCGACGCCGCCGACAAGAGCUACAAUUUCGUGGACUUCUAUGUUCGGAACCAGCCCACCUCCAACUUCAACGUUUUUCGUUACUCCAACUCAAGCUAUAAGAUGAUGGCCACUACCAUGGCGAGAAUCGACACGCCAGGGUUUUAUUCCAUUCAGUAUCAGGCGUCAGGCAUUUCAAGUAGACGGUGGCAGUUGACAGUUGGAGAAAAUCCGUUGGUGUGGGGCGAGGGAGCUAAUGAUACCGUUGGCACCGUUGAACUCAUCUUUCCAGAGCCAGGCUUCUACGAGAUGACGCUUUGGAUGUUCCCGGAGAACUCGAGCUCCCUUAUCAACUUUUCUUGGCUAACCCCGUUGACACCAACUACCUGGUCUUCUCCGUCGUUCUGCUGGGUGCUGCACAGCAAUCCGCCAAGCAGCCGCUACUAUGAUCCCAACAUCGCGGCCAAGCCUGCGCUAUGGCACGUGGUGUGGAAUGAGGCCGCGUCCUGGUCCACCUUCGAUACGAGUAACCGGGGUUACUUCGAGUUGAACAAGAGCCCAUUACUUUACCGGGGGAUGCAAACCACCGUAACCGAGCUGUCCUUUGCAAAUGGAACCGAGUUGCGUAACGCUCUGUACGGCACCGGUGGCAGCCCUUCCAACAACCAAACGGUUGUGUACGGCUACGCACGUGCCAACCUGAAACCGAUGACCUUCAGCAGCGGCAUCAGCUUCCGCCUCCAGGGGCCCCACACGCGGCUUUACAUCAACGACCAGCUUGUGUUUGACUUCCAGCACGACAGCCAAGUGAUGACUGUUUCGCCCUGCGUUACGUUGCAAGCGAACCUCACCCACGAGGUCGUGUUUUACUUCGCCGCGAGGGUCGACGCAAGUAACCCUGUGGGGCUCAUGUGGGCGAACUGUACGGGUACGGAGGGCAUCACCGGCACGUCGAGCUCGUACAUUUCCCUGUCCAACAGUUUGGCUACCAACUUCUUUUGGGCGCCAACCAGCAUUGCCGACCUUCCCCGGGGAUUCCGUUGCGAUGCCUGGCCCAUCAACUUCACCAAUCCGCUCGUCAACCCCACACCCGCAUUCGGCACGCCGGCAGCCCUUACGUGGGUCUAUCCCCGGGACUGCCCCGCCAGCUACAGGAACGGAUCGGAGUGCAAGAUGCAGACGAAGCUUAAGGAUCUGUUCCCCAACGUCACCUGGACGGUCUGGAGCAUUCGCUGCUACACCUACUACGCAGGGAGCCUCAACAAGGGCAUCACCGGCGCCCUGGUCCCGAGCGGGAUCAUUUCUCAGAACCUGGCGGGUGUCCGAGUCUAUUAUCAAGGGGGUUCCGUUUUCGGUUCCAGCUUCGCGCCGGUCAAUACGAGGUUUCCCGCCGGGGUCUAUCAGCUUUACGUCAUAGAGUGGACCGCGAUCAACUCCCAGUGGAAUUUGCUUGCAUCGCAAAUGGUUUACGACGGCGCGACGGGUGCUGGUAGCCCUGUUCUGACCACCAAUUCCACCUUGAUGAUCCUGCCGCCCGCCGCCAACGCUACUCUUUCCUGGCGGGAAGUCACAAGUGCGUAGUCCAGGGAGGGCGGGGCCGCGUCGCGUCAAAUUGGGCACCGCACCGCACCGCUACGCCGACGUUGAGCUACCGACACUGACGGCAGCAGCUACUGCCGCGGUCGCCGUCGACGUCGACGUCGUCGUCACAGCAGACGCCCCACCUGCCCGCUGGCCUCCUAACAGAAACGAAGUUGCAGCGUGGGGGCUCUUCCUGCCGACAGAAAGUAGCGAGCUGCAUCUCAGGGAGGUCGCGUCCAGGACCGGGAGCGACCGGGAGCCCGACGAGUACGUAUGUAUGUAUACAUGUAUAUAUGUAUGUGUGUCUGUUAGUGGCGUGGCAGCGGCGGAAUGUAUUUCUGUGUGUACAUUUGGCAGACAACAGCGGCGCGGGACCAGAAAAUAAUAAUUACGCGAUUUCCCUUAUUUACCGCUGUAUAUAUCUGCGGCUCCGCCGUACAACUGCCGUACGGUACGAUUAUACCGCCUAGGGAAAGCUCCAAGUGCGCGCACAAUUCGGUGUGUGUGACGCUGUGUGACAUAGCACACCCGCGUCUGGUCGAUGCCAUCGCAUAUCGGUCGCACCGUAGAGGGGUUGUGUUGUCCGGAAUUAUUGUUUCCUAAGCCGCGCCGCGAACAUGAGCGUGAGCCAGCCUCUAUUCUUCCCUCUCCUGGCUGUGUUUUUUAGUAUCGUGUGUAUGUAUAUAUGUAUGUAUGUACAUAUGUUUGAGCCACGAGGUCUCCUCGCGCGCGCGGCUUCUGGCUGAAGGUAGUAGGGCCGUCCGCUUCCGUCAUACACACACGCACACACGCACGGUUUAGCGCCGACCCCCGACCCCCCCUCCCCCACCCCCCGAUAUUACCCGACCCCGCGAACGUGUGUGGUGUGUAAUCCUGGAUCCUGACGCCCUUGUGUACGGCAUGCGGACUGAGGCCCCCUGCGUUUGCAUGUGGGCUCGGGAAGCUGGGGAUAGCACUGGUUACGUUGCAUGUCGUACUUGGCAUGUUGUACAUAUUUGGUUUGGCAGAGUUAGUUGAUCCAGAAAUCGGCCCCGGGAGACUGCAGGAGAAAAGAGCGUGCCUGGCCCGGUGGCAAGACGACGAAAAGGAUGGGAUCUUAAAUUUUUGGUGGAACUGUGUGGUGCUGCGUCGUACCCCGUGAUGUCGUACCAACUGUUAGCCCCUUUACCAGACAUUGUUGUACAUAAUGCGGAUGCUGUUCAUUACAGGGAUCCGCUGGUCCAGGGGGGUAUACAGAUAGUACGGCAUCGUACGAAAUCGUACGAAGUCGGAUGUAUGACGUAUUCAUUGGAUGUGGGUAGGGGAGUCUUCCAAGCAGGCGCGGCCCUCUGUCGGAAACGUUUUUUCCGUACAAUGUGGGUAAUUUUCAAGGACGUGCGGAGGAAGGGUCUACUUAUGCGGGAAAUGAUGUGUGAAGUGGCAGAUUUCUGGUAGUUGCGUGUAUCGUCCCAGUUAGGGGUCGAGUCUUCUUCUGGCCAACGCCAAAUCGUGCCGUACUCGUGCCGUACACGAGGAACAGUUGGGACAGUUGCCUAUAGUCCAGUGCUUCAUCAAAUUGGUCGUGUUUAUUGUCGACAAAGCCUAUGUGUGGUAAAAGCGAGCAACCCGCCCCAAGUAGAUACAGUGGCGAUGUAUUCACGGGGGCCGCUGGGCGCUUCGUGCUUAGGGCUGAUCGUUAAGGCCUGCAGCAGUGUUUUUUUCUCGCGCUGUCUUUAUUGCGUACGACUGUACGACAAUUGUCCUCCUUCCCGUCCGACCUAAAUUUACUUCACCCCCGGUUUCGCAACUGCGCAACUGCGCGCCACAUUGGCUCAUUUCUUACGUUUCAUACCGUACAGGUAUAGUACAUAUGUGUCGCCUGUACACAAGUAUACAUACAAACAUGCAUACUUCACAGCAUACGAACAACGGAAAUUCUGUGGAGCACACGCUGUGCGGCACACGCUGCGGCACACGCCCCGUCCUCCUCCUCCUCCUUCUCCUCCUCCUUCUCCUUCCCCCAAACGCUCUUAUCCUAUCCGGAUCUGCAUCGCGAUGGAGUUAUAGGAUGGCUUUGUCCUUUCUCCCUUUCUGCGAGUCUGUGGAACCCUAGGGAUGCGUUGCGUUGUGGGGGACUUCGAGGUUGAGGAGGAGGAGGAGGGGGAGGGUAUGUAAGCGCAGGCAUGUGUUUUGCACUCCGGGCUGUUGGCAGUUGCGAUGGUCGUUGUGGCGGUGGCGGUUGUGGCGGUUAUGGAGUCGGUAGUAGGCGCGAAUGCUCAGGAAGACAUCUUGGAGAGGAAGGGCUUUGUUGUCUGUCUGUCUGUGUGUCUGUCUGCGUACAUGAGCGUGUGCGCAUGCGCGUGUGUGUUUUGAGCGAUGCGUUUGUGCGUUACGUGAGGGACAACCCUGCCUCAGUGCCUCAGUGCAUUCAACUCGUAAUUUGAAGCAGCAGAUUGGACGGCGGGAGGCGCCAUUCGAAGCGGCUGAUAGAUGGAAAGAUGGAAGAUGGGUAGAAAGAGGCAAUUGGCGGAAACCAAUGACGAAGACGGGGAGGGUAAAGCAUGUAGGCUGAUGAAAACCUAACGCGCACACGCAUGUCAUACUCUUGGUCUUCUCUUCGCAUCUCCUCUUUAUCUUAUUUUUCGCUCACGAGGUUACUCCGGAUUUGAUAUUGCCGGCGCGCGAAGUUAUUGCACUUUUAUGUUCUGUAGCCUUGCUUAGAAUCCCUGCCGUACUCAAGGCGUGCCUCGAAAAGGCGGCAUGGACCUUCUUUUUGUGCAUGUACAUAAGUCCUUGUCUGGGUGUUGGUAUUUGUACAUAACAGUAUGCUGUGGGUUGCUGUGUUGCAGCAUUUUGCGAUAAAAUAAAUUGUGUUGUGGUCGAACGCGGAGAAGGCGGGCUUAUUAUAUAAGGAAAAUGCAGUUAUGCUUCGGACGCUGGUGGUUGGAUGGUUGGCUGCGACGCAUCAACAGGACUCAAUCAAACUGGUCUGUUGUGUCCAGAGUGAUGCGUCCUUUUAGCAGCUGUACGGAGCUGCGGUACGCGGUUUUAAUUGAAAUUGUUACAAUUCCAUUUUUGUUUCUUUAUAGCAAUUCACUUACUAGUUCGCAUGAUCCAAAUUAAAUAUUACAGCCUUGUUUGACAAGGUUCGCGGAUGUGGAUGCUGCAAUUUUUGCAUCGCUUUUCAGUCCCUUUCGGUACCAUGUAAGAAAUAUAU